AGAUGCGUUACUUCAUUCUCCUCCUGAUCAAAGAUGGAUCUGCAAAUCUCACUUUUUCUUCUGCUCGCAUUUGUCACCGCAGGACACUCUCUCAGCUGUUAUCAGUGUAAAGGAACGUCUUGUGCAGGUCAGACAGAAACAACAUGUCCAAUUGGAGAUUCCCAGUGUGAGAGUCUAACAAUGGUAACAGAAAUCGGUGGCAUUACUUCUAAAGUGAAGGCUAAAGAUUGUGCUGCUGGUUGUACAACUGGGUCCGUGGACUUCGGCAUUCUAAAGAUGUCUUCUGAGUGCUGUAGCGGUGGCCGGUGUAACGUCCGAGAUGCUCCAGAUCCCAGCACUGGCUCUCUCAAUGGAAACACGUGUUACACUUGUGAUGAGAAGAGCUGCUCAAAUGUACUGAAAUGUUCAGGCAGUGAAGAUCGCUGCAUCAAAGCAACAGGGACUUUUGGAGGACAGACCACAGUCGGUAAAGGCUGUGCCUCCAAAUCUAUUUGUGAUGCCGCGUCAGUCGGUCAUGUUCAGGGCAUCUCCUGUUGUUCAGGGAAUCUGUGUAACGGAGCUAAAAGUGUCACUCAGAGCUUCCUGAUCCUCUGUUUUCCUCUGAUCGCCUUCAUCCUGAUGCUCUGAAGACACAUUCAGUUCUACAGUCUGACAUGCUCUACACACAAUACUGUAUAGCUUGCUGACUUGAUUUUUUACAUCAAUUUUGUAAGUGACAUUCUGAUGUGACAUUUUAUGCAAUAAAGUGCUAAACCAUAA